GCUACCGUACCAGGAACAAAGAGGCAAAAAAGAAAAUCGGAAAACGAGCAUCUGAUUUCUGAAUGCGUCGGUCUAGCGUCUGCAUCCGAUGUAGGGGCCGCGCCGCUUAUCUUUUCUGCGCUUCCCUCGGGCCUAUGGCCAUAUGGCGCAAACGGGGUACCCACCUGCGAUAACCUUUACACAUUUCUGUCGCAUCUGAUCGCGCAGACCCAGAAAAGGUUAAAUACAACACGAUCCCCCCCACCGACGUCAAUUCGGAUAGACGUUGGCUUCUAGACCAUCUCUGACCAUUGCUCCUUGUCCUACGGGCGUUUGGCCUGUUCUUAUAUAUCUAUCAUUGCGAUCCUAGCGUUGCGCAAAAGCUAGGAAACUUUUCCUUGAAUACCUUGGUUCAUGCGAUUUUGAGACGGAAUGGGUUGGGUUCACAAUACCAACCUUAGGGUUGCCCGGUCUCCGGUAGGGCGGUAUUUCCGCCUGGAGAACUCGGGUCACCCUAAGGAGCGCAAAGGCUCGUACUUCUUCACCGAGCUGCGCGCCGGUCUUGCGACUUUCUUCGCCAUGGCCUACAUCAUCUCCGUCAAUUCGAAUAUCGUCUCUCAAUCCGGCGGAACCUGCGUUUGCUCGCCCGACAGCCCAGACCUGUGUGACUCCGACCCGGAAUAUAUGCUCUGCGUUCAAGAGAUCAACCGGGAUAUAGUCACCGCCACCGCAGCGAUUGCAGCACUGACUAGUUUCAUGAUGGGACUACUUGCGAAUAUGCCCAUUGCGCUGGCGCCUGGUAUGGGGCUCAAUGCCUACUUUGCGUAUACUGUCGUGGGAUAUCACGGUUCCGGACUCGUCCCUUAUCGAAUUGCCCUGACUGCUGUAUUCGUGGAAGGUUUCGUUUUCGUCGGACUUACGCUCAUUGGGAUGCGUCAAUGGCUUGCUCGCGCCAUUCCCCAUUCCAUCAAGCUCGCCACAGGUGUUGGUAUCGGCCUCUACCUCACCCUCAUCGGUCUUACCUAUAGUGCCGGUAUUGGCGCGAUCACUGGAUACAAUGCGACCCCCAUCGAGCUUGCUGGGUGCCGUCCAGAAGUAAAGGAUGAGGAUGGCUUCUGCCCUAGCUAUGACAAGAUGCGGAAUCCGACGAUGUGGAUUGGGAUCUUCUGCGGUGGGAUCUUGACGGUCCUUUUGAUGACGUAUCGCGUCAAGGGUGCCAUCAUCCUGGGUAUCUUGCUCGUUUCGAUCAUCUCCUGGCCGCGUCCUACGUCCGUUACCUAUUUCCCCCACACUGUACUCGGCGACAACAUGUUCGACUUCUUCAAGAAAGUCGUCACUUUCCAUCCCAUCGGGAAGACUCUCAAUGUCCUGGAUUUCGAUAUCGCCGGCCACGGCGGUCAAUUUGGCUUGGCUUUCAUCACAUUCCUUUACGUGGACAUCCUCGACUGCACGGGUACUAUGUACUCCAUGGCUCGCUUCUGCGGUGCCAUCGAUGAGAGGACUCAGGAUUUCGAGAACUCCGCCAUCGCCUAUACCGUGGACGCCUUUGGUAUAUCCAUUGGCGCGCUCUUCGGCUCUCCACCGUGCACUGCUUACAUCGAGUCGGGUGCUGGUAUCUCUGAAGGAGGCGCCACCGGUCUAACAGCCAUGUUCACUGGAAUUUGCUUCUUCAUCUCCAUUUUCUUCGCUCCCAUCUUCGCGUCCAUCCCACCCUGGGCGACCGGAUGCACCCUCGUCAUCGUCGGUUCACUCAUGGCGAAAGCCGCCGCCGAUAUCAACUGGCGAUACUACGGCGACGCCAUCCCCGCGUUCAUCACCAUCGCCAUCAUGCCCUUCACCUACUCCAUCGCGUACGGUCUGAUCGGUGGCAUCAUGUCUUACAUCAUCAUCAACGGCACCGUCUGGAUCAUCGAGAAGGCGUCGUUUGGCAGGAUCGUCCCGCCGAACAAGCACGAGAAGGAUCCGUGGACCUGGAAGAUCCCCGGUGGUUUCUUCCCGCCGUGGAUCAGCCGUGUGGCGAGGGGGAAGAAGGACUUCUGGCGCGAGGACGUUGAGGAACACAUCCGUGUGGUCCCGAUAGAGGCGGAUAAGGCGAGCGAGAACUCGAACUCCGAGGCUACGAGGACGGUCGAGCUCGAGUCGAAGGGAGUCGAGGUGGAGAAGAAGGGAUAGGUGCAAAUGAGAUUGUGGUGAUAUGUCCCCUGGCGCCCGAAACGUUCGUUUAAACUAUAAGCUCGUCAAAAUAAUAGCGUCUUUAGGGGGGUUAGGGGAGAGGCAUCAGUUCAGAUAUUGAUAUCCAAAUUUUCAAAUUUAACUCUUGUAUAUGAUCAACUCUGACAUUGUCAGCGCUUUCGGUGUCGUCAAACAAAUCCAUGCAGAAACUCCCUUCGUCGGUAGGACGCUGCCGUCCCUCCCAUCAGUGACCAGAUUUGAAUCCACAGUCAUUGCAGGAAUUCAGCCCAGCAAUUGCUAUGGUCCAUAAAUAUUACAUUAUCCAUGAAGCUAGGUCAGAUUCGGCCUUUUGUUGCCACGGAUUCCCUCGGAAAUGCUCACAACAACCGC